AUGGAUUUGUCAUUUUCCAUCAAAUUUGAAAAUCGAUAUUAUAAGAGAAAGUUUUCAUCUACUACUUCGAGUUCGGAUAAUGUGCGUAGUUCAAGUUUAAGAGAUGUGGGUAUUUCGAGAGAUGUGGUGGGUAGUUCGAAAGAAAGUGAGUUGCAAGAUGUCUUGACUAAUCUACCUGCAGACCCUGGACUUCAGCCUUAA